GACCGCGGGGGCCGGGGCGGCCGGGAGGGCGGGGGCCGCGGCUGGGGGCCGAGAGCGCAGGAGAGCGCAGGGCAGGGAAGUGAGUUUGUGCGCGCGGGGGUGCGCGCGUGCGAGUGUGUGUGCGCGUGUGCACGCGCGUGUGCAGGGCCGGGGGCGGGCUCCGGCCCCGCUCCCUCCUCCCGCCCGCGCCCCGCGCUCCGUCGCCAACUCGGGGCCCCGGCGCGGCGGGCGGCGGGCAGCAUGCUGAGCCUCCUCGUCUGGAUCCUCACUCUCUCGGACACUUUCUCCCAAGGGACCCAGACCCGCUUCAGCCAGGAGCCGGCUGACCAGACGGUGGUGGCAGGACAGCGGGCCGUGCUCCCCUGUGUGCUGCUCAACUACUCCGGCAUCGUGCAAUGGACCAAGGACGGGCUGGCACUGGGCAUGGGCCAGGGCCUCAAAGCCUGGCCACGGUACCGGGUCGUGGGCUCCGCGGAUGCCGGGCAGUACAACCUGGAGAUCACGGACGCCGAGCUGUCUGACGACGCCUCCUACGAGUGCCAGGCCACAGAGGCCGCCCUGCGCUCGCGGCGGGCCAAGCUCACCGUGCUCAUCCCCCCAGAGGACACCAGGAUCGAUGGCGGCCCUGUGAUUCUGCUGCAAGCUGGCACCCCCCACAAUCUCACAUGCCGAGCCUUCAACGCCAAGCCGGCCGCCACCAUCAUCUGGUUCCGGGAUGGGACACAGCAAGAGGGCGCUGUGGCCAGCACGGAGCUGCUGAAGGACGGGAAGAGGGAGACCACCGUCAGCCAGCUGCUCAUCAACCCCACAGACCUGGACAUCGGGCGCGUCUUCACCUGCCGCAGCGUGAACGAGGCCACCCCCACCGGCAAGGAGACGUCCAUCGAGCUUGACGUGCACCACCCUCCCACAGUGACCCUGUCUAUUGAGCCGCAGACGGUACAGGAGGGGGAGCGCGUCGUCUUCACCUGCCAGGCCACAGCGAACCCUGAGAUUCUGGGCUACAGGUGGGCCAAGGGCGGCUUCUUGAUUGAAGACGCGCACGAGAGUCGCUAUGAGACGAACGUCGACUAUUCCUUCUUCACGGAGCCCGUGUCCUGUGAAGUGCACAACAAAGUGGGGAGCACCAACGUCAGCACCUUAGUCAACGUCCACUUUGCCCCCCGGAUCGUAGUUGACCCCAAGCCCACGACCACAGACAUUGGCUCUGACGUGACCCUCACCUGCGUCUGGGUGGGGAACCCCCCCCUCACCCUCACCUGGACCAAAAAGGACUCAAACAUGGGGCCCAGGCCUCCUGGCUCCCCACCCGAGGCUGCUCUCUCUGCCCAGGUCCUGAGUAACAGCAACCAGUUGCUGCUGAAGUCAGUGACCCAGGCCGAUGCGGGCACGUACACCUGCCGGGCCAUCGUGCCUCGGAUCGGCGUGGCCGAGAGGGAGGUGCCCCUCUAUGUGAACGGGCCCCCCAUUAUCUCCAGCGAAGCGGUGCAGUAUGCUGUCAGGGGCGACGGGGGCAAGGUGGAGUGUUUCAUCGGGAGCACGCCACCCCCGGACCGCAUCGCCUGGGCCUGGAAGGAGAACUUCCUGGAGGCGGGCACCCUGGAGCGCUACACGGUGGAGAGGACCAACUCGGGCAGCGGCGUGCUGUCCACGCUCACCAUCAACAACGUCAUGGAAGCAGACUUUCAGACGCACUACAACUGCACGGCCUGGAACAGCUUCGGGCCCGGCACGGCCAUCAUCCAGCUAGAGGAGCGAGAGGUGCUGCCCGUGGGCAUCAUCGCCGGGGCCACCAUCGGCGCGGGCGCGCUGCUCACCUUCUUCUUCAUCGCUUUGGUGUUCUUCCUCUACCGACGCCGCAAAGGCAGCCGCAAGGACGUGACCCUUAGGAAGCUGGACAUCAAGGUGGAGACUGUGAACCGGGAGCCACUCACGAUGCAUUCAGACCGGGAGGAGGACACCGCCAGCGUGUCCACAGCGACUCGGGUCAUGAAGGCCAUCUACUCGUCUUUCAAGGACGACGUGGACCUGAAGCAGGACCUGCGCUGCGAGGCCCUGGACACGCGGGAGGAGUACGAGAUGAAGGACCCCACCAACGGCUACUACAACGUGCGCGCCCACGAGGACCGGCCGGCGUCGCGGGCCGUGCUCUACGCCGACUACCGCGCCCCCGGGCCCGCGCGCUUCGACGGGCGCCCGGCCUCCCGCCUCUCGCACUCGAGCGGCUACGCGCAGCUCAGCUCCUACAGCCGCGCCCCCGCGUCCGACUUCGGCCCCGAGCCCGCCGCCCCCGGGCCCGCCGCCCCGGCCGGCGCCGACUCGGCCAGCACGCUGUCCUACGAGAACUACGACAAGUUCAACCCGCACCCCUUCCCCGCGGCGGCGGGCUACCCCACCUACCGCCUGGGCUACCCGCAGGCGCCGCCGUCGGGCCUGGAGCGGACCCCGUUCGAGGCGUACGACCCGAUCGGCAAGUACGCCACGGCCACCCGCUUCUCCUACACCUCGCAGCACUCGGACUACGGGCAGCGGUUCCAGCAGCGCAUGCAGACUCACGUGUAGGCCCGGGGCCGGCCGGGCGCCUCUGCGGGGCAGAGGACGAGGCUGUCACAGCCGUUCCCUGAUAUUCAGGGGCGUUGCGCGUCGCUCCCGGCCCGGCCCAGCCUUCGUCCUCCUCCGCCGGCGCGGCAGGUGGGGAGCAGGUCUCCCGGAAACACCCCGUCCCGAGGAUGGUGCUCUGUGCAUGCCCCAGCCUCCUGGGCCUGCCCUUCCCUCUUCUUCGGGAGGACGUGUCUCUUCUGACCUGGGCUCUCUCCUGGCCCCAGCACGCGGACAGGGAAGCGAAGGUUGUGGAGAGCGGAGGGGACACUUUUUAGCAUUCCCAUUCUGCCCCACCCCUCUGGUCUCCCCUAAGUGGGCAGGGGUGUGUGACGAUGGACAGGCGUUGGCCUAGGGGGACACGCAGUGGGGGGAUGGGGGGGCUCAGGCGCAGAUAUGCGGAGACGCCUUUGCCCGGCCCCCCCUCCAUCCUCUGCGUUCCUACUCCUUCCGGGACUGCAGAAGGGACCUCGGAUUGAUUUUAGCUGUCCACGGAGCAGCCCUGGCACUGAGUUCAGAUCCAGCCCUCAUUCAGCUGGGAUCAGAGGGCCAGCUGUCCUGGCUGCUCAUUGUGGACACCUGUGGGCAGAGGACCCAGCUUCUCUGUCCUCUGUGCAGGGCCAGCAGGUUAGAUCAGGGUCCCCAUGGAGAAAAGAAGGUGGGGGAACCCUGCCCUGACACACCAGCAGGAAGGCUGUGCGCUACAAAGCAGUUUCCAGAACCCCGUCUAGGGGAGCCCCUUCCUUACCCAGCCGGUCCGCAUCCUGGCUUUCACUCUUGAGCCCCUCUGGGGCGUGGUGGUGAGAGGGUGGGAUGCCUCAGGCUAUUUUUCAAAGACAGCAAAAAACAAUGAAAACCUCACUUGGGGAGGAAAAAACAAAAGCUGUAGGGGAUCCCCCACCCAAAGUCCCAAUGGGAAGGGAAGGGGACACCUGUUCACCAGAUUCCUAGCACCAUCCAUUACUCUGAAUUUCCAAGCACUUUGAAUCCAUUUUUAAACAUUCAGGUGGUAAGACCUGUCCCCCACGGGCUCUGACAGGCUUAGGGAGGGUGCCUCGCUCUCAGACUGCUUGUCCUGCCCCCCAGUGGGUCGGGGAGGCCCCCUUCCGGGGGCAUGGGAGAUAGUCUCUGCAGACAGGUUUUGGUUUGUUAAGUGUCUUUUUUUUCUUGGACCAAUCAGAUUCCUUCCACUUUCAGUGCCUUGAGUGUCCAGCUUUGGUUGACCGGCUCUGUGGGAGGGGGCCCCGGGGGACUGGUAUCGCGAGCCCCAGACACACGCCGCUAGGUGUUGCAGACUUUCGGGACGGCGGGUGAGGGGCCUGGAGAGGAAGGAAGGUGGCCCGGGAGGACACUGCAGGCACUCCUGCCCAUGCUGUCCCCACACACACAUUCCACAUGGCCAUUCUCAGCCGCCACCUCUGACCAAAGAGAACUGUGCCCCCGCCCCCUUCUCCCGGCAGGCGGGGUCUCUGGGGCGAUCCCCGGAACGCGCUUUGCCCUCUCUCCUGGUCACCACUCAUUAGUCGUGUUUGCUUUAAUGAGUUACAUGCUCAUCAGCCACGGGCCAUCACCACCCCUGCGGAUGGCUCUGUGGGGUGACAUUCCUCCCCGUCUUUGCUGGUAAGGUCCAGCGGAUGCCCAGGAAGCAGGCAGCUCCGUUGCAGCCAGGCAGGCUGCCUCUACAUCCCCUUCUGCGGCAUCAGGGGCAAAUCCUGGGUGUCUCUUGGGGGUGGGGGGACAUCAUCCAGGUUCCAGCUGCAUUCUACCCCUACCCCUGGGAGCAGACCCCUCCGUACCGAGUCCUUUAUGUGAGUCCCGGGAGAAGGUCUGGUAAGGAUGCAGGUUCCCAUGCAGAUGAAUUCACGCAUAUUUUGAUUCUCUUCGCAGAAACAGAAGCCACGGGUAAUCGAACAGUUAAAGUCUAAAGAUGGCAAUGGCUUUUUAAACAAGAGUAUUCAAAAAAAUAUUCAUUUGUAUUUGGGGUUUGGCCACA